CAUAAAUGCAAUGCACCCUCUCUAUGCAUUUCGCAAUAACUCCUUUUCCUUCUGCCACAUUCUCCUCUCCUCACCUCUUUCUCUUCUUCCUCCUCUCCUUAGUUAUCCCUCAGAAAAUUCUCCAUUUUUUCUUUAUGAAUAAAAAUUCUCCAUUUUUUCUGACUAUUGAUACUAAUCGGUUCUAAGAGAAUCCUCUGAAAACUACCGGUUAUGUCUUGACUGGGCUACAAAACCAGUGCCCUAAGACACCCUUUUGAUUUGCGCAUAUUCUCUCAUCCAUCUCUUUUUUUCUCCAAAAUAAGAGAACCAAAAAUUUGUAGAAGACUCCGAGCUAGGGUUUCAUUGUGUGUCCAAAGUGGGAGAUACUUGGAGUAAAAUAUCAAAGGUAAAUCAACGAGAGUGAUUUGGAUAAUCAUAUUGAAGAUUUGAAGGAAAACCAAAAGCUCAAAAGCUCCAAAAUCGAUCAACAAUCACCAUCAUCAUGUAUCAUCCAAAUAUGUUCGAGUCUCAGCAUCAUAUGUUUGAUAUGACCCCAAAAAGCUCCGAUAACGAUUUGGGUCUUACCGGGAGCAGAGAAGACGAUUUCGAGACAAAGUCUGGCGCAGAAGUCACCAUGGAGAAUCCUUUAGAAGAAGAGCUUCAAGAUCCUAAUCAGCGUCCUAACAAAAAGAAGCGUUACCACCGUCACACGCAACGCCAAAUUCAAGAGCUCGAGUCGUUCUUUAAGGAAUGUCCUCAUCCAGACGAUAAGCAAAGAAAAGAGCUGAGUCGCGAGCUAAGUUUAGAACCUCUUCAAGUCAAGUUUUGGUUCCAAAACAAACGCACUCAAAUGAAGGCACAACACGAGAGGCACGAGAACGCGAUUCUGAAGUCAGACAACGACAAGCUCAGAGCAGAGAACAAUAGGUACAAGGAUGCUCUAAGCAACGCAACAUGCCCAAACUGUGGCGGUCCUGCUGCUAUAGGAGAAAUGUCGUUCGACGAACAGCAUUUGAGGAUUGAAAACGCGCGUCUACGUGAAGAAAUCGAUAGAAUCUCUGCGAUAGCUGCUAAGUACGUAGGGAAGCCAUUACUGACCAAUUCCUCGCCUUUCUCUCAGCUCACUUCUUCACACCACAAUAUUCCCUCGCGCUCGCUUGAUCUUGAAGUUGGGAACUUUGGGAACAACAACAACAGUAGCCAGACCGGUUUCGUAGGGGAAAUGUAUGGAACAAGCGACAUUAUGAGGUCGGUUUCGAUCCCUUCUGAGGCUGAUAAGCCUAUGAUUGUUGAGUUAGCGGUUGCAGCCAUGGAGGAGCUUGUGAGAAUGGCUCAAACCGGUGAUCCCUUGUGGGUUUCAAGCGAUAACUCGGUCGAGAUUCUCAAUGAAGAAGAGUAUUUCAGAACGUUCCCUAGAGGAAUCGGACCUAAACCUAUUGGUUUGAGAUCAGAAGCUUCGAGAGAUUCCACGAUCGUUAUCAUGAAUCAUAUCAAUCUCGUUGAGAUUCUAAUGGAUGUGAAUCAAUGGUCUUCUGUGUUCUGUGGGAUUGUAUCGAGGGCAUUGACGCUAGAAGUUCUCUCCACCGGCGUUGCAGGAAACUACAAUGGGGCACUACAAGUGAUGACAGCAGAGUUCCAAGUCCCAUCACCGCUUGUUCCCACGCGUGAGAACUACUUUGUAAGGUACUGUAAGCAGCAUAGCGACAAUACUUGGGCGGUUGUUGAUGUAUCUUUGGACAGCCUACGACCAAGUCCGAUCACUAGAAGCAGAAGAAGACCCUCUGGUUGUCUGAUUCAAGAAUUGCAGAAUGGUUACUCCAAGGUGACAUGGGUAGAGCAUACGGAGGUGGAUGACAGAUCGGUUCACACCAUGUAUAAACCAUUGGUUAAUACCGGUUUUGCUUUUGGUGCGAAACGUUGGGUGGCUACACUUGACCGCCAAUGCGAGCGGCUCGCCAGCUCGAUGGCCAGCAACAUUCCGGCUAGCGAUCUUUCCGUGAUAACGAGCCCUGAGGGGAGAAAGAGCAUGCUGAAACUGGCGGAGAGGAUGGUGAUGAGCUUCUGUAGCGGAGUCGGCGCGUCGACUGCACACGCCUGGACGACAUUGACCACCACAGGAUCCGACGACGUCCGGGUCAUGACCCGGAAGAGUAUGGAUGAUCCGGGAAGACCUCCCGGAAUCGUCUUGAGCGCCGCUACUUCUUUCUGGAUGCCGGUGGCCCCAACACGAGUGUUCGAAUUCCUCAGAAACGAAAACUCUAGAAGUCAGUGGGAUAUACUUUCGAACGGAGGCUUGGUUCAAGAAAUGGCUCAUAUCGCAAAUGGUCGCGAUCCUGGAAACAGCGUCUCCUUGCUCCGUGUCAAUAGCGCGAACUCGGGACAGAGCAACAUGUUGAUACUACAAGAAAGCUGUACGGACGCAUCAGGAUCGUACGUGAUAUACGCACCGGUCGACAUAAUGGCAAUGAAUGUUGUCCUGAGCGGCGGGGAUCCAGAUUACGUCGCUUUGUUACCAUCCGGUUUCGCUAUACUGCCUGAUGGAGGAAGUGCCCGAGCUGAAUUAGGAGGUGAAGGAAAUAAUAAUCUUGAAGUGGUUACUUCUGCUGGAAGUAAUUGCGGUUCGCUGCUCACGGUAGCGUUUCAGAUACUUGUUGACUCUGUUCCAACCGCUAAACUCUCUCUCGGCUCGGUGGCUACAGUUAACAGUCUGAUCAAAUGCACCGUAGAUAAGAUCAAAACUUCGGUGAUCUGCGACGGAGCCUGAUCAAGUGUUUUUUUUUCAGAAGUAAAAUGGAGAAGGAGGUUUAGGAGUUUUUUCAUGGGAAGAAUUUGUUUCUUGUUUUUUUAUAGUCGUUUGAGAAUCAUCCAAAGGAAGUCAAGAACGCACCAUUUUGCGUUUAAUCUCAUUCCGCGUUUGUUUGCGGGCGGGCCAAAAGAAAAAAGGCUUGAGAAAGAAAGGGUAAAGAGGUUCGGGUAUUGACUUCUGCUGGAAACCAAAAAAAGAAAAAAAGAAAGAAUCGGUUUGUUGUGCUUCAGGCGGUUUUAGCGUUUUGAGUUUUUCAUCUGUUAUUAUUUUAUCAUUCACUAGCGAACAUCUUAGCGUUUUGUGUUUUGCGUUUUGCGUCUACUGUCAAAGUGUAUGCUGCUACUCCAUGUUGUCAUUAAGCCACUCUUGUGGUAAUGAUAUUAUAAUAUUGUCGAUGAAACUGUGUUUAUUAGUUUUUUCUUUUUUGUUCGUUUAUCAAUACUUGGGACUGUCUUCUACUUUUUACAUCUCUUUCAAUACAAUUAAAAG